AUGAUUAGAACAGUCAAGCCAAAAAAUAAUAGAGCCAAAAGGGCUCUUGAGAAGAAAGAACCUAAAUUAGUUGAAAAUGUGAAAAAGGCCUUGUUUGUUCCAGGUCAAACUUCCAAUAAGGCUUUACAUGAUGUCAUGGUUGACUUAAGCGCUUUGAAAAAGCCAGACAUCAAGAGGUUUGAACGUAAAAAUAAUAUUAGACCAUUUGAAGAUGCCUCUCAGUUAGAAUUUUUUAGUGAAAAAAAUGAUACUUCUUUACUGGUGUUAGCAACCAACUCUAAAAAGCGGAAAAAUAAUUUGACAUUCGUCAGAACUUUUGGAAGUAAAAUAUAUGAUAUGGUAGAAUUAAUGAUCGCUGAUAAUUAUAAAUUAUUUGAAGAUUUUAAGAAGCAAACCAUUAAUGUCGGCUUGAAGCCCAUGUUUGCUUUUCAAGGUGCACCUUUUGAUAAUCAUCCAGUUUAUAAACAGAUCAAAUCGUAUUUUCUAGACUUCUUUAGAGGUGAGGUUACUACUUUGCAAGAUGUUGCAGGUUUACAGCAUGUUAUUUCACUGACUAUUGCAGGUGAUUUUCAAGAUGGUGAAACUUUACCAAAUGUCUUAUUCAGAGUUUAUAAAUUGAAAACUUAUCGUAGUGAUCAAGGUGGUAGCAAAUUACCAAGAGUGGAAUUAGAAGAAAUUGGACCACGCUUAGAUUUCAAAAUUGGUAGAAUACAUACGCCAACUCCAGAUAUGGUUAAAGAAGCUCAUAAGAGAGCUAAACAAUUGGAAACUAAAACAGUUAAGAAUGUUGAACGUGACUUAAUGGGUGAUAAGAUUGGUAGAAUUCAUAUGGGCAAGCAAGAUUUAGGCAACUUGCAAACAAGAAAGAUGAAGGGUUUGAAAUCCCGUUUUGAUCAGUUAGCCUCUAGUGAAGAAGGUGACGACACAUAUGGUGAAGACUUUGUCACUGCAGAUGACAUUCAAGAUCGGGCUGAUGACGAGCCUGCUUCAAAGAAGCCAAAAUAUUAA